CUGUGAGCUUCACACGAGGACUUUAAACCGGGUCCGGGAGAUAGAAGUUGGACUUUGACUCAGGAGUCGACUUAUAAAGUGGAGGAGAGGGAAGAAGGGGCUUAUUUUUACCACACAGAGAAGAAGAGAGCGAGGUCAUGGCCAUGUGGAGGACAGCAGCAGCACUCCUGCUCUUACUACAUACUGUGUUCGGGCAGAGCACCAUCAGGUGGUGCACCAUCACUGAUGCAGAGCAGAAGAAAUGUCAGGCCAUGUCUCAGGCAUUCACCGAAGUCUCCAUCCGUCCGUCCCUCAGCUGCGUCAACGGACAGACAGUGGAGGGCUGCGUUCAGAAACUACAGAAAAAAGAAGCAGACACCUUGUCCAUGUUCGGCCGUGACAUCUACAACCUGGGGAAGACGGCUUCACUCAAGAUGGCUGCCAGUGAAUCAAAAGAUGAUGGAACCGGUGCCUCCUACUAUGCAGUAGCUGUUGUUAAGAAAACAAAUUCUGCUAUCAACAUCAACAACCUGGCAGGAACGAAGAGCUGCCACACCGGGAAAGGCCGAACAGCCGGCUGGAAUAUGCCUUUAGGAUACUUCAUAGACCAGGGCUACAUGUCUGUGAUGGGCUGCAACAUCCCACAGGGUGUGGCAAAUUUCUUCAAUGCUAGCUGUGUCCCUGGAGCCGCUGAGGUUGACCCUGCGUCUUUGUGUCAGCUGUGUAAAGGAGACGGCAAAGGAGCACACGUAUGUGAGAUGAGCGACAAAGAGAUGUACUACAGUUAUGAAGGAGCUUUCAGGUGUCUGGCUGAGGAUGCAGGAGAGGUGGCUUUCAUCAAACACACGACUGUCGAGGAGAACACUGACGGCCAUGGUCCACCCUGGGCUCAAUCACUGCAGUCAGCAAACUAUCAGCUGUUGUGCCGUGACGGCUCCAGAGCUCCUGUCUCUCAGUGGAAAACGUGCCAUCUCGUCCGCGUCCCAUUUCGUGGGAUUGCAGUCGGCAGUCACAUCAGCCCCUCCGUGGUGUUCGGCAUGCUCACUGAGGGCCUGGAAAAAUCAAAGUUCAACAUGUUUUCUUCUGACAUGUUUGGAGGACAAAACUUGCUUUUCUCCGAUUCAUCCGUCACGUUUCAAAAAGCUGAGUCAGACGACCCCCAGAAAUGGAUGGGACCUUUCUAUUACAGUGCAAUGAAAGCCAUGGACUGUAAAACUGAAGAUGUCCUGCGCUGGUGUGUUUUGUCAAGCGGUGAGCAGCAGAAGUGUGGUGACAUGGGCGCAGCCUUCUCAAGGAAAGGUCUGACCCCAGACGUCAAGUGUAUCUACGGGGACUCUGUGACUGACUGCAUGGAGAAAAUCAAGAACAACGAGGCGGAUGCCGUCACUCUGGAUGGAGGUUACAUCUAUACGGCUGGCAAAGAGUACGGCUUGGUCCCAGCUACAGCAGAGAGCUACACAGACGACCGCGAUGGUUCCAUUUAUUAUGCAGUCGCGGUGGUGAGAAAGAGUAGCACUGACAUCCGCAACCUUGAUGACCUGCGUGGCCGCCGCUCCUGUCACACCGGGUACGGUCGCACAGCUGGCUGGAACGUUCCCUCAGCGAUGCUGAUAGAGAGAGGCCUGAUCGCCCCCAAGCAAUGUCAGAUACCACAAGCGGUGGGAGGGUUCUUCAAGCAGAGCUGUGUACCAGGCGCCAACCAACCUGGUUUCCCUGACAGCCUUUGUGGUCUGUGUGUGGGAGACGAUGUAGGACAGAACAAGUGUGAGAAAGGCAAAGAUCUGUACGAUGGAUACAACGGUGCCUUCAGGUGUCUGGCGAGCGGGGCUGGAGACGUGGCUUUUGUAAAGCAUUCGACUGUUUUCCAAAACACAGACGGUAACUCUGCUGAAUCGUGGACAACAGAUCUCCUGUCUACAGAUUUUCAGCUGCUUUGUUCUCAGAGCUCUAAAGCUGAGGUGACACAGUACAGACACUGUCACCUGGCCAGAGUCCCCUCCCACGCUGUGAUGGUUCGGCCCGACACCAACAUCCACGCCGUCUACGGACUCCUGGACCGUGCACAGGCAUAUUUCAGCAGUGAUACUGGAACAGAUUUCAGGAUGUUUGACUCGCAGAACUACAAGGGCACAGAUCUCAUCUUCAAAGACUCCACUGUCCGUCUUGUGGGAGUUGGUGACAGAAAGACCUACCAGGAGUGGCUGGGACAGGGCUACAUGGACUCUCUGGUGAAGCUGGAGUGUAAUUCAUCAAGUGCAGUGAUGUCCUCUGUAUGGCUGCUGCUGAUGGCCCUGUUCAGCACCAUGCUCGCCAACCUCUGGAUGUAAAAGCAGAGCAAAGCUCUCCUCCUAAUUUUCCUGCGUCACCAUUUUUUUUCUUUCCUCACGUCUUCCCUUCUGUCCCCCUUUUUGUUCUUCUCCAAGUUUGACACAACAAUCGUUAUAUUUUCACCAUCUUGUCUGCAUUAUAAUCAAACCCCACUCCUUCUCUUCAAGUAUUUUCAUCCUCAAGAUUGUAUAAUUUUACCUGAUUGAGUGUCAUUUUAAUCUAAGGGAGGAUAUCGUGUUGUUGGAACUGCCUUUGGAUUUCAUCUGCGGUCGUUUUUUUUUGUUUUAGAUGUAACUCAAGCACGAGGUCUCCUGGAGACUUUCACUCAGAGUGAAUGUGAUGAGAGGAGAAGGUGUUGCUGCCACUUUGUUUACUGAAGGUGAGCUGCCAUAUCAGUGUGUAUGCUGCCACCUGUUACAUUGCGUUAAGUGUGCAACACAUCCCUUUUUCCUUCAGAAGCCAGCUUUACAAAGAACAGACAAUCUGACUUUCCCAAACUCGCUAGAGACACAAAACACGCGUUAAGUUGAUCAAAUGUAAGUGAAUAGACAACUUAGUGAAAUAUGAUUAAAAACAACUCCAUAGGUCAACCUUAAAUCUGCUUCCUUGCACAAAAACCACUAAACCCCUCCCCCCCUUAAAAUGCAAUCUUAUAGUUCUCCUCGUCGUCACAUUAAAGAGUUCAUGGAUUCUUAUCCACUCCAGAUCCACUUUUCUCAUUUUCUAGUCAGAUUGCUGUUCUGUUCUGUUCUGCUGCCUCUUGCUCUGUGAGUAUUACUAAGAAAUACGGCCCUGCUUCGGUUUGGGUCGUGUUUCUACUAUAAGCUUAUGCCAUAUCAGUGAAUAUGCACUAGUGUUACCUCCACACAGAGCUGUGCUGAGGAUGUUGUGAUGAUGAGUGACUGAGUGUUUGUCCAUAGGCUGUCUGCUUCAUGUAUUCUCCCCAAAGUACCUAAAAGUGAAAUAGAUCAAUAAGUAAAUACACACAGUUUGUCAUGUUGGAUGGGUAGUCGUACCUCCCACCUGGAGCCACUUUGCUCCCAUCUUUGUAAGCUUUUCAUUUGGACGCAAGUGGAGUGAGACACUCUGACAACGUGUUUGGGGAGAACAUAAAGAAAGCAUCCUGUGGUUUUUACAGAAGAGAGUGGAUGAGUUUGUGUUUGUCUUGAAGGUUGAAGUCAAAGAGAAGUCUGUGUCAGUUAAAGAAAAGACAACAAAUGAACACGGCGGCCAUUGUUUUCUGACGUCACACUCAGGUUGUGAAGCUCAUGCUGUUAAAAUAGUUUUAAAAACAUUAAAGGCACCAACUUAAACGUGAAAACCCUGAAGAACAUCGUCCAGAUUUAAAGGCUAAACAACACAAAUCUGCCAACGGGGCGAACUCCUUUUUUUAUCCAUUGGGUUCAAAUGAGAUGUACUCGCUCACUUAGAUACAGACAUCUCAUUUCAUACACUCAACAAGUACAUUUUUUAUAUCUAGGAAGACGAUUUGUAUCUAGACUUGUCAGCUGAACGUGGCUUUAAAUAAGCGUAAUGAGAUAUUUUAACUAGAAAUAAGACAAAUACACGCUUUGAUUUGAGUUUUUGCAGAGCAGGAAGUCAUAGAUUGCUAACUUUAUCUGUUUUCUUACACUAAGUUGUGGGAGAACAAAUAUUUUGUUUAUAGUCAAACCAGUCCUCCAUGUCCCUCCAGGAUUUCACGAUCCAUUUUCACUUCCAGGUUGAAAAUGAUUUGACAGAUUGCUGACAUUUGCAUUGCUGAAAACCUGAACCACAGCAGUAUGACACUUUAAUUCAAGCUUCCCAGCUUUGGUGCAACGUCAGAGGGUAAUCGCUUCCUUUGAAUACGAUGAAUAUGUAAUGUAAUUUUAACUUUUACAUGAAAAAAGCCUGUUCGACUUGAGAUUUGAUUGAUUUACAGUGACACAAAAAUGAUUAUCAAGGAGUUAAAGUUGAAUGAAAUACCAGAAGACCUGCUGUGAUGUAACCCAAACUCACUCCAGAUGUGUUUACUACCCGAUGCUCAUGUUAUCUACUGUACUUCUGCUGCUUUCCUGUUUAAAAAGCGUUGAUUUGGAUGUGUAUGUUCCUAUGUUGAGAGAUUUAUUUUUAUAUGAAGUUCAGAUGCCAUAUCAGUGUAUAUGUACUGACUCAUGCUGUCAGAAACAAAUGCCUUCUCUUUCCUCCUGAUAGAGAUCUAUUUCUUUGUGAAAUGAUGUAUCAUGUAACUAAUAUUUAGUUGCCAGGCCAGUGCGUCUGCACGAGUAUUGCUACAGAAAGCUGGUUUCAGUGCUCAAAUGAAAUAAAGCUUUAAUACUGCAAAGUGUGA